AUGUCUGGAAAUAAAUCGUCGAGUGGAUUAGUCGAUCCUGUAUCAUUUUUAAAAGAUUUUGCUGCCGGUGGUAUAUCGGCAGCAGUUUCGAAAACUGCUGUCGCUCCCAUCGAAAGAGUUAAACUCCUUUUGCAAGUCCAACAUGUUUCCAAGCAAAUAGCCGUUGAAGAUCGUUAUAAGGGAAUGAUUGAUUGUUUUAUGAGAAUACCCAAAGAACAGGGUUUCAUGAGCUUUUGGAGAGGGAAUUUGGCUAAUGUCGUGAGGUAUUUCCCGACUCAGGCAUUAAAUUUUGCUUUUAAAGACAAGUAUAAAAAAUUAUUUUUAGAUGGUAUAGAUAAGGAAAAACAAUUUUGGAGACAUUUUGCCGGAAAUUUGGCAUCGGGUGGUGCUGCGGGUGCAACUUCUUUAUGUUUCGUUUAUCCAUUGGAUUUUGCAAGAACGAGAUUGGCUGCCGAUGUCGGAAAAGCUAAAGGCACUAGAGAAUUUCACGGAUUGGGCGAUUGCAUAAUGAAAACGUUUAAAUCGAACGGACUCUUCGGCCUAUAUCGAGGAUUUUCCGUUUCCGUUCAAGGUAUAAUCAUAUACAGAGCUGCUUAUUUCGGACUGUACGACACGGCUAGAGAACAACUUCCUAAUCCUAAAACGACACCGUUUUUCAUUUCUUGGGCGAUUGCACAAGUCGUGACGACCGUGUCAGGCAUAGCAUCCUAUCCGUUCGACACGGUCAGAAGGAGAAUGAUGAUGCAAGCUGGAAGAGCGGAAAAAGACAUCAUUUAUAAAAAUACCUUGCACUGUUGGGUGACCAUAUUAAAAGAUGAAGGUGGUUCGGCAUUUUUCAAAGGAGCUUUUUCUAAUAUCCUGAGGGGAACGGGCGGAGCACUCGUUUUAGUUUUGUACGACGAAGUUAAAAAUUUAUUGUAA